CCUCUUCCCUAUACCCCGACACGACACCAUGCGCCCCCAGCUCGCCCAAGCCGCCCGUCUCGCCGGCAAGAGGUUCAACUCUACCUCUGCCCAGAACCCCAACGUCCAAAAGGCCGUCGAGUCCGCCAACAAGGCUUACGCCCAGACGGCUGCUACUGUCAAGAAGGUCGCUGGUCCUGUCGGUGAAAAGAUUGGUGCUUCCCUCGGUGCCUACCGCGAACCUAUCGUGUACAACUCCAAGGUUGUCGCUUCCAUUGCCAAGCAGGUCUACCAGGCCGAGAAGCUUGCUCCCCCCCUUGAGCUCAACACCUGGGCCCGGGCUUACUCUGAGAUCUACCACAAAGCGACCAACGGAGGCUACUGGAGCACCUUGCUGAAGACCGGGGCUUGGGCUGGUUUGGGUGUUGCUGUCGUUGAAGCCUACGGUAUCUUCAAGAUCGGCGAGAUUGUUGGCAGGCGUAACUUGGUCGGCUACAACCUCAAGGAGUAAAUGCGAGCGCAAAGUCACGGGAGUUGGAGGGGUUUUGACGGAGAAUGUUGAUCAUGGAUCUUACAUGAAGUGUCGAGAGAUGGUCUGCCUCUUUGGAGGAGACCCACGGACAUGGGAGAGAGGAGAUAUAAAAUUAACGUCUGUGAUGACAUAGACGUAUGCAUCUAGGUUCGGCUCACGGCGGGAUUGAGUCGCCCAGGAGGAG